CAGCGCACUGAACUACUGAGACAAGCCGUGCGUAACCAGACGUUCUGACUUUUGCCCUCAUCUCAUCCCGGUUUGACAAUGUCGGACACAAUUAAAAAUGUUGCCAUUUUUGGAGCCACGGGUAUGACCGGCCUGGCCACACUACCGCAGGUGGCCGCUGCAGGGUACAGUGCCACGGUGCUGGUGCGAGACCCCUCCAGGCUGCCUGCAGACCACCGGGCGUCCCGUGUGGUGGUGGGAGACGUGCUGAACAAAGAGGAUGUGAAGAAGACUCUGGAGGGUCAGGAUGCAGUCAUCAUCAUCCUUGGCACCAGGAACGACCUGAGUCCCACCACUAUGAUGUCUGAAGGCACCCGCAACAUCCUGGAGGUCAUGAAGGAGCGAGGGAUCCGCAAGGUGGUGGCCUGCAUGUCAGCCUUCCUGCUGUGGGAGCGUUCCAAAGUGCCCCCUCGCCUGGUGCCUGUGACAGAGGACCACGAGCGCAUGUACUCCCUGCUCCAGAGCUCUGGCCUGGAUUAUGUGGCCGUCAUGCCCCCCCACAUUGGAGACGAGCUACCCCUGACCGCCAGCUACCAGGCCGCUGAGAAGAUGCUGCGGGGACGGGCCAUUUCCAAACAUGACCUGGGACACUUCUUUGUCCAGUGUUUGUCCACCACCUCAUGGGAUGGCAAGACUGUGGGGGUGUGGGGGGAGUACGCCAAGUGAGCCCCCAGGUAGCCAUGCAGGGACAGGACUGUGCUAAUGCUACUGUGAGGUUAAAGGACAAGUAUUGUGGGAAAUUUUCUUUUAUCAUUAUGUUAUCAUUUAAACCCAUUACAUCUAAUAAACUCCAAAAAAGGGUGAUGUGCAGUGGUGGAAGAAGUACUGAAUUUUGUAACUCAAGUAAAAGUAUUUUCCACUUCCAGAGUCAAAAGUCAAAGAUACUGAAUAACUAUUAAAGGUAAGUGAAAUGUGCCGAUAUUGAUAAAGAAUUGUCCUGAUUUUUUCUCUAUCAGUUUUAUAUUUGCUCAGAGCUGGAACUUGAACCCAAAACCAAGGAUGUCACAGUGAAUGUGCUGAAAAAUAACCCCUCAAACCUUUUACUUUUCAGUCCAUAUAAAAAAUGUAGUGUAGUAAGUACAAAUAAAUAAAUGUAGUGAAGUAAAAGUAUUCAUUGUGUAGGGCCCAUAUUGUGCUAUUUUCUGAUCUAUGUUAUAAUGCUGUUUCCUCAUCACAGAUAUACCUGCAGUUAUGUUUUGUUUCAAUCACACAUGUUUAACACACAAAAACUGCACAUUUAGGCUGAGUUCUUCUCUCAAACUGAAAACCCUCAAGAAGUGCUCCACUGUGAUUUUAAGAUCCAUAUGCCUUCAUGAGAAUCAUCUGGAUGAUUUCAGACCUGGAUGUGUCAAUCUCUACUGAACUAAAGAUAAAUGGUAGUUCUUAACUUGAAAACUACCAAUUCAUGACAUCACAAAGUGGAAUAUGGCAUUUUGAGCUCUUUGGAGCAACUGCAGAUAUGUUAUUGAAGAAGUAACAACACUAUAACACUUAAAGUUCACGAUAAUUAAAUUUUAGGACCAUUAAGUACAAUACUUUUACUUUUGUACUUUCCACCACUGCUCCUGUGUGUUUUAAAGUACAGCCUGUUCGGAGCUGAGCAGGCUGUAUGCCAAGUUAGAAAAAGUGAUCUACUGAUACAUAAUAUGUCUUGUUAGGAUGAAGUGCUUUGAUUGCCUUAAGAAAAGUGUUUUUAGCAUGUGUGCUGUGUUUAAACUGACAUGAAAAGUUUUCUUCAAAUUAUGUCUUCUCAAAUAACCGAGACUAAGUGUAAUAUAUGGACAUUUUAUACAUCUUUAUUAGACAAUUUUAUCAGUCUGUAUGAGCUGAAUAAAUUCUUUACACCACAA